GCCUCUCACCAAUAAAAAACGCUUAUUUUUCGUAUAUUUUGUUGUUCAUUGUUGAACUUCAAAUUCAAAUCUCUUCCGAACAAGUCCGAAAUCGCAUCGAGUCCAGCCAGUCCAGCCGUUAUUUUUCAAACCUUUCCCCAACAUUUUCUAAAGUUCUCGUCUAACCCGCCGAGUCCAAGGUCCCUUAAGCUGCGAUCAAGAGAUAUGGACGACUUCAUCAUCCCGAUUUACCUAACCGAUCGCGCCGAGGCAGCGAUCGAACAAUGUGAUAUGGUUAACGAGCUCAUCGGGACAGCAGUGGUGCAAACUCACGUGAACACUACUGCGAGCCAGUACCUGACGCUGGCCUUUAACCACCAGGACGUCACUUACACCGAGCGUCGACACACAGUUGCCAAAAAAGUGGUGCACCUUCGUCGUCAGGCCCGCGAGAAUGGUGCCAGAAUCAGGAGGGUGACGUUUGAGCCUCACGAUGGGCCUUUGAGCUACGAGUUUCUCCCCCAGAGACAAAUUAAGAGACGCCAAUCCAAAGACGGCCUGCUGAUGGAAACCUCUAUGCGCUCUACGUCCUUGCCGCUACCAACGCCUUGGCUUACGACGGCGCCCUGAGCAAUCUUGGGAUAUUGGACUAACUAUAUACCAUAGGUUGACCACCUACCCUUAGGGUUAGGGUAUCACGUAUCACCAUGCCAAGUUUCAUCCAGAUCCAACAACCCUCGCCAAACACUUCAGAUUGAUUUGGAAAUGGCCUUACAUAAUUUGAAUUAAUUAAGAAAACGAAAAAAAGGCGACAAAAGUUUGAAAAAAAAUAUACCAGAAAUUUCUCAAAAUGCCACACCCCUUUUUUAUUUCGGGCUGAACGCUGAACACAUACACCUACUUCAUGACCACUGACCGCCUCUGCUGCAGUGGAAGUUGAGGUGGUUGCUCAUUUCGUUUGCCAAUUGGUAAAUGCAAAUACGACCCUGCUGGUUUAAAUCUCAAAUUUAUUUUAAUUUUUCUUUAGAUUCAUCAGCGAUUUUGUUGUUGUAUGUUGCAGAUGUUGCUUGGGUGUUCUCUAUCUCGGCAAUUUUUAAUCUCAUCUAGAUGCAGCAUCAAAUUUGUCACAUUCAAAAGUUUUCCUUCAGCCAGCGCAAAAACUUCAAUCCUCUCAUUGUCAGAGAAGAAAAGUACAAUGAGAUCUGAAUGAGAUGCUCAAAAUGUUGAAGAAAACUAAAGACAUGAGUAACAUGUGCUGAAAUAAAUGUUCAAUCUGUUAAUUAAGUUACAAUUUACUUUUUUUUUAAUAAAUUUCAAUUUUGAACGUUAUUUUUUUACUUCUAGUCUCACAUCCUAAAUUGUGCAUGACAAUUAAUUAUUUUAAAUUGUUUUUUUUCAAUUCUCAUUUACACAUCUUACAUUUUGCAUUGAUAUUCGCCCCUCAAGCUGUACAUUUUAAUGAUAUAUAGUGACCAAGAACAAUUUUUUUUUGUAAAACACAUGAAUGAAAAUUUUGUUUAAUGAAAAAAAAUUAU